AUGGGCUUUGCCGUCCAAAUGGCCGACAACAAGGAGCAAAGAAACCGCGUAAAGAAAAUCAAACCAGUCGCUCAUUUAAAACCGACUCACCAGUCAUCUUCUUUCACUUCCAAAUUUCCAUCUUCCCAAUUUUUCCUUCCCUUUCUUUGUAACAAAUUAUCUUCUUUGUUACUCUCUUCUCAAUAUAUAAAGGCAGGCGAGAACGGUUGUUUCUCUCAUGUUUCGAACACGGACAUGGAAGAUCAACAAAACACAUCAUUGUCCUCUUCUAUGUUCGAAAUUGAGGUUAACGCAACGUUUAUCAUUGUCAAGAGAAAUGCUGGCAUUGGAAAUGAAAUGUUAAUGGAGGCGGGGAGGAUUAUGUCACAGGUGAUCCACGAGUUCCCUUUGGAAGAUUUGAUUAAUGAUGGCAAAGGUGCCAUUUUGGACAUGCUCAACUCCAUGCGCGUCCCGGUUCAACCGCCCAUGGUGGAAGAAAUAGCGGCCACCGCGGUUUGCUUGGCGGCUGCUGUUAGAGAUAAAGAUAGCAAGGUUUUGAGAAUGCAGGUGAAGAUUGAGGCGAUUGUCGAUAACGUGCCAGACUUUGGGAAUGAUGAUGACACGGAUGAUGAUGAUGAAGGAACGGUGACGACGGUGGAAGAGGUGGUGGAGAAAGUGGGGAAGGUGGUGGUUGAAGGGUCGGGAAAGGAUUGUCCAAUAUGUUUGGAAGAGUUGGUGGUGGGUUGUGAAGCGGCAUGCACGCCUUGCUCGCAUGUUUUUCAUGAACUUUGCCUUGUGAAUUGGCUGAACAAGAAGAAACGCUGCCCUUGCUGUCGUUUUAAGUUGUCAAGGUAAAUUCAAGUUUAGGGUUAGAACUUGGAAGAGAAGCUGAAAAAGGAGUUCAACGAAGCUCCUGCUGUUUUUUUUUUUUUUUCCUUUUUCCUGGAUUUUUCUUUCCUUAAAUUAGCUCCA